AUGAGACUUCGAAGUAAUCGAAAUACUGAGGAGCAGGAUGCUGUCUCGGAGCAGUUCCCCCUCAGUGCUGUGCAACCACUGAGAGCUGAAGGGAGAAGAACAAAAAGGAUGGCACCUGCCAACCGAGAUGAAAAGUCGGCAAAAAGAAAGAUACAGGAUUUGAAUGCACCGACAACUUCCGGAUGUAGCUCGGCAACUCAUCAUCAUCAGCAACAGCAACAAUCAUUGCACUCUCUUGUCAACAACGAUAACAAUACACAGUUGGGAAAGCGUAAAAGCAAUAAAUCGAGUAAGGGAAAAACUGACAAGAUGCAAGAGGACAAUGUUCAGGAGGAUAUCAAUUCCAUUCCAGACCAUAUUCUGAUCUCAAUUUUCACGCUGUUACCUAUUGUGGAUCGCAUAAGGAUAGAACGGGUUUGCCGCCGAUGGCGUCACAUUGCCAAGAAUUACUCGUGGGCAUUGACAACGGAAUUCUCCUACUCAUCACUUAUUGGUGAUAAGGAGUGUUCACUCCCUUGCUUGAUUGAACGUCCCGUAGUUGGCAACAAGGAAAUAAAGUCCUUGGCGCAGCGCUGCGGUGGUCAUUUGCUUGAGAUGGAUUUACAUGCAUUCAGGGAUACGCUAACAUAUAAUGUUUGCAUGUGCUUCGCCGUACAUUGUCCAAAUUUGACUGUUCUGAAUAUGUAUGGUAUUCAAUUGACCAAUUCGUCCUUGAAAUCACUCGGAAGACACUGUCCAAAUCUGGAAAUCGUGAAUUUCCAUCGAUGUUUCCAGGAAAGUGUUGUGGAGCGAGGGCUUACAUCGUUUUUUUCUAAGUGCCAGAAUUUGAAAGAGGUCGAUGUAGGUGAGAAUGAGCGCCUUACUGGUCUGCCAUCAUUUACCGUGUUGCCACGAUCCAUCGUUAAUUUGAAAAUUGGUGGAUGCUUUCGAUUGACUGCAGCAUCACUAUUCGCUAUAAGAGAUAGAUGUCCGGACCUAGUAGCUCUAACGAUGAAUAGUGUUGAUAAUAUAUCGCCUACUAAUUUGAACAGCUUUUUUGCUUCACUUACCAAAUUGGAAUUGCUUAAAUUCGGUGAAUGUUAUGUUUCGCAUACUCUUGGAGGAAUUGAAAUAAAUUUCAGUCUGAUGAGGAACUUGACUGAACUAACCGUUUAUGACAACUUGCUGAUGACAGAUGAGGUUUUGCGGAAUACAGUAAUUGGGUGCAAGCAAUUAAAGUAUGUUGACUUGAGUGGUUGCAGUCGCUUUGUGAGCAGUGUUGGGCUGCGUGAGCUUGCAAAAUUGCCACAUCUUAGUCACUUAAAUCUCUCAUAUAUGAGAGUGGUAGAUGAUCAGACAAUCCGCAUAAUUGCAGAGAAGGGUACCUUACAGACUGUCCUCCUGCAUCGCUGUGACGAGAUCUCUGAUGAAGCGGUCAAGAUGUUGUUGAAGCAUUGUCCGUUCUUAACUGCGCUUGAUAUUUCAUUCUGCCCGAAGGUUACUGAUGAAUCAAUGGAAGGAAUGGUUAAUUAUGUAUCAAAGCGACAAGAAAGAGAGGCAUUACUGCCAACAUCGAGCAGAGGACACACAACACCGCUGACGGAAGUGGUGACGAAAAUGAGACGGCAUGAGCGAAGUUUACAGGCGCUGAUGGAUGCCGAUUUUGAGCGUCACCUGAUGCGCUUCGAAAAUUUUCGCUAUCGUUUCGGGAAUACAUCGGAUUAUUCAACAAACCCGUUGUAUGAUAUUCGUCAUAUGGGCCGCUAUAAACCGAAUCCAGAUGGUUUUACUGAACUACAUGUCUGGACUGCCCAUAGUAGUAUAACUCGACCAUAUCCAAGGACACAUCCACUGCUGAAAGUAGAUGAUCGCGACUCGAUUGCGGAGCAAAGCUCAUCCAUUUUUGAGUUCAGUGUUGUGAUUAGAAUAAAUUAG